UACGUGAUAAGGAGACUCUUAGUUACGAUUGCGACGUGAUUUCUUUUUCUCUAUGCAUGCCUUUAGCCAUUCAAAUUAGAGAAAAGGCAUCUUUAUUAUAUUUAUUACAAGAACUGAAUCACUCAGCAUAUAAUUACGAUAUAAAAAAUAUUCCAAGUAUUAAAGAUGUGUGGAAAUGGUUAUCGCCAUUUUUCAUUGAGAGCUUGACCAAUAAAAUGAUUGAUGCUUCUCUCAAUGAACCUACGCUAAUGAUUGAUAUACAAAUGACAUAUUUAUUGGAAGAAGAAGAAUGUAAAGCGUUAUUUGACGAUUACACACGAAUUGUUAGAGAUAUUAAUCUCAAAUCCAAAACAAGCUCUGUUUCUAAAAAAGUACUGGAUUCAUUAUUAAAUACAAUUGAAGAUGACAUAUUCAAGCGAAUCUAUUCCAUUCCACCAGAAAAACCAGUCAAAUUUAUAAAUAUUGCAAAUAUUACAUACAAACAAAGUAGUAUUUUUAUUGGAGGAAGAUAUAUCAAGCUGUCACGCCGCCUGUGCCAAACUCCUUGGCUUAUUGAAGGUGAAUUCAAAUUAAAAAAUUCCGUUCAAGAGUUAGUAUGUUCACGUAUCAUUGAAUCCACUCAGAGUGAUUCAUCAAAAUUUUUAUCAUCGGGAAGAGAAGAUGUAGAUGUCAGAAUGUUAGGAACUGGAAGACCAUUUGCCGUGGAACUUGUUAAUCCGAAGGUUACCAAACUAUCACAGAACCAACUAAGUGAUUUAUAUUAUUCUAUCAAUAAUAGUGUUGAUGUUAUUCAAAUACAAGAAAAUUUAAAAAUUCUAAAGAAGAGUAAUCUACGAAGGUUAAAAGAAGGGGAGGAAAUGAAAAUAAAAACAUAUCGAGCACUUUGUAUUUCUGAACGGAAAAUUGAUGUUAAUGUAACUAAAAAAUUGGAAUGCAUUCGAAAUUUAAUAAUUAUUCAAAAUACGCCCUUAAGGGUUCUUCAUAGACGGGCUUUAUCUCCAAGAAAACGCAUUAUACACGAAAUACGAGGGCGACAUCUUACUGAAUCAGAGAUAAAAAAUUUUCGCAAGAAACUAUAUCACAUACCUGAAAAUUUAACAUUCUUAUUGCUUGAUAUAAAAUCACAAGCUGGAACAUAUAUUAAAGAAUUUAUUCAUGGGGAUUUCGGAAGGUCGUUUCCUAAUCUUUGUACUAUUCUUGGUCAUAAAAUCGACAUAAUAGCCUUAGACGUGAUGGACAUUGAUUUAGAAUGGCCUUAAAUUACACUUAUUAAUAAAU